AUGGAAGCGAGAAUCCACGAGAAGAUCCACGACGUUUCGAAGUGGAUUCAUGUUUGCAAAUACUGCGACAAGUCGUUCUACCAGAGUCACGCUCUCAAAAGUCACUUGAGAACGCACACCAAAGAGAAGCCCUACACGUGUCAGAUCUGCAACGUUCAGGUCUCCAACUUGCGAUCGCACUUGCUGACGCAUACGAAAGAGAAACCGCACUCUUGUGAGCACUGCGGAAGAUCCUUUGCUGUAAAAGGGACCUUAAUCGACCACGUAAGGACCCAUACGGGGGAAAGGCCAUUCGCUUGCGAUGACUGUAAAAAGACAUUUGCGACCAAAGGUAACCUCCGGGUGCAUAAGAAGACCCAUGCAGAGAAGUCAUACUCGUGUGAGCAUUGUAAAAAAUCCUUUGCUACCAAAAGUAACCUUAGGUGUCACGUAAUGUGGCACACUAAGAAAUACCCUUAUCAUUGCGAUUACUGCAACCAAGGGUAUGCUAACCCAUCAAGUUUAAAACUACACUUAACUAUUCAUACUGGAGAAAAGCCGUUUCCUUGUGAAAUUUGUGGCCGUGCGUUUGCUUCGAAAAACUACUUAAAGCUGCAUGAAAGUGUACAUAAGGAGAAGAUAUUUACUUGUGAAACUUGUAAGAUGGGAUUCAGUCGUGUUGCUUCUCUUAAAAGUCAUCUGUUACUUCAUACUGGAGUCAAGCCAUUCUCUUGCGACUACUGUGAAAAGAAAUUCUAUCGCAAUGAACAUUUGAAAUCCCAUCUGUUGGUACAUACUGGGGAGAAGCGUUUUGCCUGUGAGAUUUGUGGUAAAGCGUUUGGUCGCAAGUCGGAGGUAAAUCUGCACCGAAAAAUUCAUAGCGAAGACAAACCUUAUAGCUGUGAAUUUUGCAAAGCAUCGUUUCGUUGGUUGACAGGGUUAAAAUCGCAUAUGAGAAAACAUACUAAAGAAAAGCCCUACGUUUGUGAGCGUUGCGGAAACUCCUUUGGGCACUCUGGCGGUCUCAGGGAUCAUAUGAAAUUGCAUACUAAAGAGAAGCCUUAUGUGUGUGAACACUGCGAAAAAGCCUUUGCCCUGAGAGAUUAUCUCAAGGCACAUGUUAGGAACGUGCAUUCUAAGGAGAAACCUUACUCGUGUGAACAUUGUGAAAAAUCCUUCUCUCGACCGAGCUAUCUCAAGUUGCACCUAAGGGUGCACACUAAAAAAGAAAAACUCUACACGUGUGAGUAUUGCAAAAACUCCUUUGCUUACUCGAGUUAUCUCAAGAUGCAUAUGAAGUUGCAUGCUGCAGAGAAGCCCUAUGUGUGUGAAUAUUGUAAAAAGGCCUUUCCUCGAAUGAGUUAUCUUAAGUCGCAUCUAAAAGUGCAUACUAAAGAGAAACCUUAUGCGUGUGACUAUUGUGAAAAGUCCUUUUCUCAGUCGAAUAGUCUCAAGCUGCAUGCAAGAGUACAUACUAAAAAGAAACCCUAUCAGAAACCAAAGUCCAUACUAAAUUGA